AUGCCGGGCAUGAUCGAUGUAGCCAUCAACCUGCUCGACCCCAUGUACCAGGGCGUGUACAAUGGGAAACACGCUCAUCCUCCCGAUCUUUCCUCCAUCCUCUCCCGCGCACGCGCCUCGCACGUCGUCGCUCAGCUCAUCACUGGCGGCAGCCUGUCCGAAUCGCGUGCCGCGCUCGAGUUGGCUGCGCAGCAUGACGAUCUGUACGCUACUGUUGGUGUACACCCUACAAGGGCCGGCGAGUUCAAGGAGCAUGCGCAGGGAAAACAGGGGUUGGUGAGAGAGCUGGAAGAGGUGCUUGAAAAGGGAGAGGGAAAGGUCAGGGCGAUUGGUGAAUGCGGACUCGACUAUGAUCGUCUUCAUUUCGCCCCUUCCGCUCUGCAGCGCUCCGCUUUCUCCCUCCAACUAACCCUUCAAAGCAAGUACCCGCUUCCUCUCUUUCUGCACUCGCGCGCCGCGCAUGCCGACUUCGUCGAAGUGCUGCGUCCCCACUUGGAGACACUGCAACAAGCGGGCUCUCCUCUCGCUGCACCCAGCGAGGGCAGAGAGGAGGGGAGAGGCGCGAGAUGGGGCGUGGUGCACUCCUUCACCGGCACGAUGGUAGAGGCCAAGGAGCUGCUGGACAUGGGCCUCUACAUCGGCGUCAACGGCUGUUCGUUGAAGACGCAGGAGAAUCUGGACGUCGUUGCCGCCAUUCCACUCGAGAGGUUGCUCAUCGAGACGGAUGCGCCGUGGUGUGAACCGCGUCCCUCGCACACUUCAGCCUCCAUCCUUGCCGCAUACAAAGCCGCACACCCACACUCGCCCUUCUUCCCAGCGCAAGUCAAGAAGGAAAAGUGGAGCGCCGAGCGCGCUGUAAAGGGCAGACAUGAGCCGGCUGCAUUGGGACAGAUUGCUGUUGUGGUGGCGCACUUGAAGUCGGUGCCAGUGGAGGAGGUCGCGAGGAGGACGACGGAGAAUGCGAAGUGGCUGUUUGGGCUUAUAUGA